UGCUGGAGCGGGACUCCAACACCAAAAGGGAUUGGACUUGUGGUGAGGAAAGGCAUCCUACGGUCCAGGGGUUUUAGUGGCCUUCCAGUGGGAUUCUAUCGUCUUGAGUUAUAUUUUUCUAUUCUACACCGACUUGCUGCUGGCAGCGCAGGUGUGACUACCAGGGUAGGACUUCUUGAGGAAGCUGUGAAACCAGAGGAACAGGAUUCACUCUGAAGACUCAGAUCCCAUUGACAGGACCCACUGGUGCCGGGAUCCACUGACACCAGGAGCCACUGACACCAGAUCCCACUGGCGCCGGGAUCCACUGACAGCAGGAGCCACUGACACCAGAUCCCACUGAUCGUACCCAUGGCCAUGUCCCAGCAGGCAGCUGUCUCCAAGCAGCAGGACAACGCCUUCUCCAGCGGGGUCAUGGAGGAGUCUGAGGUCUGCUCUGUGCCUGGGGGGCUCGCCAGCGUCAGGGCACAAUUUGAGAACCAGGAAACUGCAACAUCGCACAAUGUCUCCCAGUUCCACUUCCACCGCAGAGCUGUGCAGGAAGUUCAAUUGAACUCUGAGGUGACAAUGAGGAGCACUUCCAGAGACGUCAUCCCAGCCUCUCAGCAGGCUAUUUUCCACCAGGAUGAACAGGUCACACAUGAGGAAAACAGCUUUACCUCCGUUUAUGACAACAACCAUAAUGAUGAAAGAGAGGAGGAAGGUCCUAGACUUACAACCAAGGAAUUAAGAGAUCACUUUGAGAGAACCAUUGAAGAAGCUGCCCCAAGCAAGCCAAUGAAGAUUGGCCGAGCUGACAUCAAUAGGUCGCAUUGGGCUUCAAAUAUAUCAGAAAAAACAGUCUCAACAAGGGAGAUACAAAAUGUAUCAAGUGCGAUACAGAAUUUCUCCUCAAGUGCGAUACAGAAUUUCUCAUCGAGUGAGAUACAUAAUGUCUCAGCAAGUGAUAUAUGGGAAAAUCCUGCUACUGAAGUGAUAGAGGACACAUCUGCUAUUGCAGUUGACUACGAGGACACUGACUAUUUCCCUCCACCACCUCCAGAAGAUUUAGAGUACUUCCCACCUCCACCCCCAGAGUUACUGCAGGUCCCAUCAGAAAGUCCAGAUAUGCCAGUAGAGUGCUACUACUCACCUGAACCCCCGGAAUCAGCUUACCCUUCUAAACGUCCACUCAGUAGACAGGAAUACUUCAGGCAGAGAAACCAGUAUGAGUUGAAACGCCUUUACAAGCAUAUACAUCCUGAGGUGCGUAAAAACUUAGAGAUGUAUAGUGAUGUGGCUGAGUAUGAAAACACCCGACCAGAGAGUCAGGAGGAGUUCACGGGGGAGACAAGGUAUAUAUACGAGGAUAACGGUAGCAGCCCCAACGACUGCAUUAGCCCAGAAGAAGAAUACCUGGAAUGGGAUGAGAUCCUCAGAGGGGAGGUGCAGUCAAUGCGCUGGAUGUUUGAGAACAAACCUCUGGAUGCCAUCAAAGACGACGCCUCAAAUGAGGAUGACGACCAAAACAUGGAACAGGAGAUGAUUGUUGGGAGUGAUGUAAGAAGCAAAGCAUGGAUGUUUGAGACCAAGCCCAUGGAUGCAUUGGGAUCAGACAACAUAGCUUCAACUAAAUAUAGACACAAGUUCAAUACGUUGGACAAAGGAGAUGUCCGUGCUGCAGCCUGGUUGUUUGAAAACCAACCCAUGGAGACCCUGAACAAAAUGCAUGGCGAUGAAGAGCUAACCAAAGAGAUAGUGUUUACCCAGGAAGAUGGCAGCUCUACCAUACACAUGCUUGAAUCUCAGUACAUGGAAACGUUAGGUCACACUGAGACCAUUGAUGACAGUCACCUCCUGAGUCUGAGAUCAGUGCUCGAGGAAAUAAAGGGAGAAGUGAAGACGAUCACAAGCACAUUUGAGACUCAGUUCAUGUGCGUCCUCAUGGGACAGUCAGGCCAGAUGUUGGAGAUAACAUCUAUACGCAAAGUGGAGACUGAGAAGGGGGACACUAAAACAUCUACCUGGCUUUUUGAUACCCAAGCCCUGGACAUGGCUAAUAAACCCGCUGCCCCAGUGAAACUUGUGUGUAGCCUGUCCAUGGAAGACAACUAUAAAGGAGAUGUUCACCGGAGUAGAUGGUUGUUUGAAACAAAGACCUUAGACUCCGUUAAUGAAGAUGAAUGGGAGAGCUCAACGCUGCAAAAGGAAGAGAUAAUUGGAGCCGAUGUGCGAAAACACCGCUUAGCGUUUGAAACUCAGCCAAUGGAUCCUCUGAAAGAUGACGCAAAUGCUAGACCCCCGACUAUCGGUGGUAAUGUUAGGUCUGCGAGACACUUCUUUGAAACUAGUCCUGAGGCAGCUUUGACGGACCUCAAUGAGGUAGGGAGCCUCAAAAUGUUGGUGGCAGCUGAAAAACACAAGGGUGAUAAUAGACACCAAAAAUGGAUGUUUGAGAAUGAACGACUAGAGGACAUAAGAGACGAGAAGGGGAUUAUUCGCACUGUGAACCUUGAAAAUCUCACUGAAGAUCAAGCUACAAGCUACAAUGCAGAUGUCCGUAAGAAUUGCAUGGUAUUUGAGACCCAGCCAAUGGAUACUUUGAAAGAUGAUUCGAAUGCUAGAGCCCUGUCCAAGGCGGAAAUUGUCAGAGGUAAUGUCAGAUCAGCGAGACAUUACUUUGAAACCACUCCAGCGGACAAUAUAAAAGACCUUGCUGAGGUUGGGAAGCUACAAAAAAUGGUGAGACUCGAUGAAGAGAAGGGGGAUGUGAGACACCAGAAAUGGGUUUUCGAAAGUCAACCCCUGGAGCACAUUCAAGAGGAAAAGAAGGAAGUUAUUCGAACCAUUAACCUGGAGGAAAUAGAUCAAGUGGAUGUCUCAAACUACAAGCAAAUAUUUGAAACCACAGACUUAACCAGAUGGGAUGAAUCUCAAAAGAUACUCGUGGAGGGUGUAACAUGUGGCUCUGUGAAAUCUAACAAACAUCUGUUUGAGUCUACACCAAUGUACGCCAUGCAAGACAGCUCUGGCCAUUACCAUGAGGUAAAAACAGUGCGUCGGGAAGAGGUUGUCAAGGGAGACGUAACAAGCUGCAAAUGGAUGUUUGAAACAUGCCCCAUUGACCAGUUUGAUGAAAGUAUCACUAAUUAUCAAGUUAUUAAGGGAAUAUCCAAAGAAGAAGUUGAGUCUGGUGACGUUAAAACUGCCAAGUGGCUGUUUGAAACACAGCCUCUUGAUGCAAUUAAAUACUUCAGCAAUAUUGAAGACGAGGAAAGUAAAACUAAGGAAAGUGUUGAGAUUGUAAAAGGGGAUGUUAAAACCGGUAAGUGGUUAUUCGAGACUAAACUAAUGAAUGUCCCAUAUGAGAAGGAGGAGUUGAAGAGUGAAAAUGAGAGUGAGGAGAUACACAAAGGAGAUGUGAAAAUAUGCACAUGGUUGUUUGAGACACAGGCACUUGACACUAUCCGAGAUGAAACAGAAACUGUUCUACAAACAUGCACUGUGAACCAAGAAGAUGUCCAGGGCAAAGAUGUACGAAUGGCUCGUUUUUUAUUUGAGACAGAGAAUCUUGAGAACAUCACAGGGGAGGACGAGAGCUCUAAGAGGGUUACAGAGAUUGACAUUCAGUCAGGAGAUGUCAAUAGAAUGAAGUAUAUCUUUGAGAAUCAGUCCUCUGAUAUCAUGACCUCAACAUCUGAGGAGUUCAUGCAAAGGCUCAAAACUACACAAUCAGAGGACAUCCAGAAAGGAAAUGUGGUGAACUGCAAAUGGCUCUUUGAGAACCAAUCCAUAGAUGCCAUACGUGAUAUCCAAGAAGAGACUCUGGACACCCGCACUGUGACUGAUGUACAAGGAGGUAAUGUGGACAAAGGUCGUUUUAUUUUUGAGACGUACUCCUUAGACAAAAUCCAGGAGGUUUCCUCAGAGAUAGAUAUUACAAAGUUGCAGAAAAUAACUUGUGAGGAGGAAGAGAAAGGGGAUGUGAGGAACUACACCAUGAUGUUUGAAACUCAGCCUCUUUAUGCCAUUCAAGACAAAGAGGGCCAUUAUCAUGAGGUCACCACUGUCACAAGCGAGGAGAUAUUGAAGGGUGAUGUGAUCGGGUCCCGGUGGUUGUUUGAAACCAAGCCUCUUGAUUCUAUCAGUGAUACAGAUGAGGUCUAUAUCAUCAAAUCUGUCACACAGGAGGAUGUUCAGAAAGGAGAUGUUACUUCAGCCAAGUGGAGAUUUGAAACACAGCCACUUGAUACGAUUGCCGAGGAUAUAAAAAUGUCAGUUAAAACUGUUGAAGAUAUUCAAGGAGGAGAUGUUAGAAUGAAUAAACAGCGUUUUGAAUCUGAUGUGCUGUCACAGAAGUCUGUGCGAACAGUUAAUGUGAGUGAAAUCCAGAAAGGUGAUGUUAGGACAGCAAAAUGGAUGUUCGAAACUCAAACAAUGGAUAAAAUACGUAGCCAGAGCGAAGAGAAUUUAAUAGAAACGGUCAUGAAAGAGGAGGUGUUAAGGGGAGAUGUUAGACAAUCAGUGUGGCUCUUUGAACAGAAUCCCCUUGACCAUAUAAAGGAGAUAGAUGAGGAAGAUACAGUAGUUAUUCAAGAGGAAAUCCCCAAAGCCGAUGUAAAGACAACAACAUGGCUGUUUGAAACAACUCCGUUCCAUGACUUUAAUGAGAACAGUGUUGAGAAGUCGGAAAUCCUGGGUAAAAGUAUCAAAGGAACCCUUGAAGAACUUUAUAGCCAGAAAAUUGUUAAUUCAAAAGGAGUACUCAUUGAAGCAGAUGAAAUUGGGGACGUUAGAAUGGCAAAAUACCAGCUAAUGAAUAAGGAUUCUCCAGAGAUCCAAAGAGAGGAAAUCAUCAGCGGGGAUCUGAGCAACAUUAUGAUGAAUCUUUUGAACCGUCGGGAAAGAUUUGAGAGGGGGGUAGUGGUAGAGUCAGAAGAGAAGGGUAAUAUCAGUACAACAGUGCAUCAACUGUUCAACCAAGAGAGGGGCAUCAGUGUGGAAAAGGAGGAAAUAUUAAGAGGUGACAUCCAGGAAGCUGUAAACAAUCUUCUCAAGGAGGGAGGAUCUGCUAAACGUGGUAUACUCCUUCAAGAGGAUGAGAAGGGAGAUGUGCGAAUGACUAUAUAUUCUCUCCUAAAUAAAGAAGAGGACAUCAGUGUUGAAAAAGAGGAUAUAGUCAAAGGCAAUAUAAGAAAUGCACUCCAAAGACUAUCCAACCCAGAAAGCCAAGAGCAGAUGAGGAUAAAGGUGGACGAGAACGAAAAGGGAAACGUGAACUUUUACUCCACCUGCAUUGAAUCUGGGGCGCUUGACUAUCUCAAACAACUCCAGGUAGAGCCAGAUGAGACUCUACCUGAAAAGGUAGAGAAAGAGGAAAUUAUUAGAGGAGAUAUAAAGGGGACAAAACUCAUUCUUGACAGUAAUCGAGCACAAAUUGAACGUACAGUAGAUGAAGAGGACAUAGUGUGCGGAGAUGUUCACAACUCAGUCAAGGUUUUCAUGACUGAACCCACACACUCACUGGAUGGCCUACAGAAAGAGGAAAUUGUGAGGGGUGAUUUGAAAGCCGCUAUGAACUCGCUGUCUCAGUUUGUAAAUCAGACAGUGGUUGUAGAGAAAGAGGAGGUGGUAAGAGGUAACAUACACAAAGCCCGAAGGCACCUUGAGUUGGCUCAAACACGGCCCAAGGAGGUGGAAAAGCCAGAGAUUGUCCGGGGCAACAUCAAAGGGGCAUUGAGGUCCCUAGAGAAAUCUGCAACCUCCAAAGUUGAAGUUGUCAUCGAAGAUUUAGUACCUGGAGACAUCAAAGGUACCUUAAAAUCCCUGGAGCAGGCAAAGCAAACAGUCAGGGCUAUGAAGAAGGAAGAGAUUGUAAAGGGUAACAUCCAUACAGCCAAGCAAUGUUUACAAGAGGCUUCUAAUGACAGGAGGACAUGUCAACAGGAAAUGUAUGUUCAGGGAAAUGUGAGAGGCACUAUUGAGCUCUUAUUGGAACCACCAGCUUCUCCAAGAAUGACACGGAGACCCAGCUUCGAGGGUGAUGUGAAAAUGUCCAUUAAAUCACUCUACGAGACACAUGAGGUGCAAGAGGCAAGGGAGGAACAAACUCAACCAGAGAAAGAGGAGGUGAUAAAGGGUGAUGUUAAAGGCACAAUCAAAUCCUUGCUGGAAUCAGCCCAGCGUGCAGCUCCUAAAAUCAGAGUGGGAGCUAGAAGGGUCAAAGUUCCUGCGAGCUCUCCAUUGCGCUCACAGCAAGGAAGCCCUCUAUUACGUUCACAGCAAGGUAGCCAUGAAUGUUCUGUUGUAAACAAAACUGAGAGUGAGACAGAAAUAGGAAAUAGGUCUCAAAGCAUUGAAGCACAAAGAAACCUACGGGGAAAAAAGAUGACUAAUUCAGUCAAAACAGAGAGCUCAACACCAGAGAAUCAAUCCCUCUCAACUCAAAACACAAUCAAUACAUCUGAAUCACAGACUACUCAACAAUCAACGGAAGUAAUACAACACACAACCAUCACUCAAAACCAUGGUAUUAAAACAUUGGAGACUAAGUUCUGUAACCUCAAUUCAAGUAGAAAGGGUUUGAUCAGACUAGAUAAAACCAAAGUGAAAACAAAUGUUCUUACCCCAACACGGACAUUGUCUGAGUCUGAACUUUCUCUCCCUCCCCCACCUCCAUGUGAUGAUCAAUCAUCCCUAACCCCAGCCUCCUCUAUCAAUAGGCUGGACUUGGACCUUCCUCCUCCCCCAACUCCUCCUCCCCCACCACCUGUUGAGACUGAUAAUUUCCCUCCCCCACCAACACAGGAUUUCCUUCCACCCCCACCCUCACAGUAUGAACUGGACUCUAUGUCAUCCCAGACACCUCAUCAAUCACUAGCUAAAGCCACAAAAGUUACUGUCAAAAAGGUGAAAGGUCCUGUAUUGCACCAAGUGUCAAAACUUGAGCCAACCAGUCAGAUUCAGAAAAUUCAACAUGCAACCUCAGAGAAAUAUUCAACCAUAGCCAAUAAAUCUGUGAUGGAAAUCAGCAAAACUCAAAUUGAAUCAACAUCAUUUUCAUCAACAAAAGUUUCAUCUGAAAUCCCAAAACCACCAGAAUCACCACGACCAUUAAAGAAAGUUUAUGUUGCCCCUAUAAGAUUUACACAUCCACCCUCUCCCCCUCCCUUCCUGAAAUCCACUCAAUUCAAAACUCCAUUAAUAAAGGCAGAGAAAAAGUACAGAAAACAGAAAGUGGGUAGUACAUCGCCUGCUACACUGAGUCCCAUUUUCAUGCAUGAGCCAGUAACUGCUGCCCUUGAAAUGCUCUCCUCUGAGGAGACCAGAAUGGAGCAAUCAAACAAGAGCAUGAUGUUUGGUUUCACUCAAGAGAAUGCUGAAAAGACUGUGACCAAUGUCAAGUCAGACACAAUGUCAUCUGAUUUUUCCAAGCACGCCCAAAUCUCAGAAACUCCUUCAAGCAUGAAUUUGAUCUCUGCUGGGAAUGGGCAAAAUCUCCCUGAAUCUGCUGUUAUUUCUGCAACUAAACACCAUAUUGUCUCUAAUGAAACAUCCAAAGUCUCCUCCAUUCAGCACCAGACAUCUAUUUCCUCCACAAAGCAACAGACAGUUACUGCAGCUAAACAACAGGUAUCGUCAGCAUACACAGAGCAGUCACACUUUGCUGUAAGUAGCUCUCAAGUCCAGAUCUCGACCAGUGACGAUAAAAAGGUUGAAAAUGUGAAUGAAGAUGUCAGAAAAGAUGUCAAAAACCUCAAAACCACCUCUCAAGUCCAGAUCUCGACCAGUGAUGAUAAAAAGGUUGACAAUGUGAAUGAAGAUGUCAGAAAAUAUGUAAAAAACCUCAAAACCAACUCUCAAGUCCAGAUCUCGACCAGUGACAAUAAAAAGGUUGAAAAUGUGAAUAAAGAUGUCAAAAACCUCAAAACCACCUCUCAAGUCCAGAUCUCGACCAGUGACGAUAAAAAGGUUGAAAAUGUGAAAAAAGAUGUCAAAAACCUCAAAACCACCUCUCAAGUCCAGAUCUCGACAAGUGACGAUAAAAAGGUUAAAAAUGUGAAUAAAGAUGUCAGAAAAGAUGUCAAAAACCUCAAAACUACCCCUCAAGUCCAGAUCUCGACAAGUGACGAUAAAAAGGUUGAAAAUGUGAAUGAAGAUGUCAGAAAAGAUGUCAAAAACCUCAAAACCAACUCUCAAGUCCAGAUCUGGACCAGUGACGAUAAAACGGUUGAAAAUGUGAAAAAAGAUGUCAAAAACCUCAAAACCACCACUCAAGUCCAGAUCUCGACAAGUGACGAUAAAAAGGUUGAAAAUGUGAAUGAAGAUGUCAGAAAAGAUGUCAAAAACCUCAAAACCAACUCUCAAGUCCAGAUCUCGACCAGUGACGAGAAAACGGUUGAAAAUGUCAAAAAAGAUGUCAAAAACCUCAAAACCACCACUCAAGUCCAGAUCUCGACAAGUGACGAUAAAAAGGUUGAAAAUGUGAAUGAAGAUGUCAGAAAAGAUGUCAAAAACCUCAAAACCAACUCUCAAGUCCAGAUCUCGACCAGUGACGAUAAAACGGUUGAAAAUGUGAAAAAAGAUGUCAAAAACCUCAAAACCACCUCUCAAGUCCAGAUCUCGACAAGUGACGAUAAAAAGGUUGAAAAUGUGAAUGAAGAUGUCAGAAAAGAUGUCAAAAACCUCAAAACCACCUAUCAAGUCCAGAUCUCGACCAGUGACGAUAAAAAGGUUGAAACUCUGAAUAAAGAUGUCAGGAAAGAUGUCAAAAACCUCAAAACCAACUCUCAAGUCCAGAUCUCGACCAGUGACGAUAAAAAGGUUGAAAAUGUGAAUGAAGAUGUCAGAAAAGAUGUCAAAAACCUCAAAACCACCUCUCAAGUCCAGAUCUCGACCAGUGAUGCUAAAAAGGUUGAAGAUACAAAAACAGAUGCCAAGAAAGAUGUCAGAAAUCUAAAAAAGAAAGAUUCCCAUAAAUCCGAGGACAAGAAGAACAAGGAUAAUUCUGCAUCCCAAGGACCCGAAAAGGUUUCUGAUCAGCCUACCAAAACAGAAAAGGUAACCCAAGAAACAAUUGUCAAAGCAGUCAGAUCACCCUUGGAAGACAAAAAUAAAUAUGAUAUGUAUGUAUCACAAGCACCCGAGAAGGUUCCUAGUCAGUCAAUUAAAGUAGAAAAGGUAACCUCAGAAACUAAUGUCAAAACAGGCAAAAAGAAGGCCAAAGGGCAAGAAAAGAAAGUAGAAGUAAAAGACAUGAAACAGCCAGAUGAAGCUAAGAAGGAAAUAAUUUCACAGGUGAAGGAUGUCACUAAGGUUUCUAGUGAGCAAACGCAUCAUGAGACUGAGGACAAAGUCAAGGUCAAGGAGGACAGUCAGAAAGCUCUUGCUGUUAAUGACAACCAACCAGCAACUCCAACUCCCACAAGAAAGAAGAAGAAGAAGAAGAAGAGGUCAAAAGCCAAAGAUGCGGCUGCCUCUGCAGAAUCAACUAAAUCUGUUUCUGAAAGUUCCACUCAAAGUCAGGAGAUCACUGUAGUGCAGACGCACAAAGCCCAUCAAGAGGAGCACAUUCAGGUACAUAAGGAAGUGAUUAUCACUGAAAGCAAAGAUGAAAGCAAAGUUCAUCAACGUAUCCAGGAGCAAGGAACAGUGAAAGUCGAAAAACAGGUCAAGGCAUCGCAAAAGAAGAAAGAGGUGACCUCAAACCAGCAGAUUCAAGACAAACCAAAGGAGGAAUACAGAAAUAUUCCAGUGAAAGUGGAAAGUGGAAAAAUGACAAGCCAGUCAUCACAAAAGGAUCCUGCGAAGCCCUCAACAGGGAGCACUGAGGAUUGUUUAGAGGGAACCCACACUACUCUGGAGAAGCAUGAGAGUAAACCUACUUCUGAAAAGAUCAUUGUUGGUGGGGAAACUCAAAAAAUACACAAGAUAAGUAUUGGCUCUUCAAAAUUGGAAAGUAAAAAGACAUCACGUGAAAGCAAAAAGCAAGAGUGGAGUGUAAAAUCUAUUGAUCGUAGCGCACCCUCACCCUUACUACGGACGCGCUCACCCUCACCCACCUUUAUUACCAUUGAAUCUACCCAGAGAACGGCCUCACCUCGGAGAAUAACCCCAUCACCUAUCCCAAUGCUCAGACCAGCCACUCCCCCAACGCCUCCCCCUCGCAAAUUGGAACCUCCUACAUCACACAUCAAUAGGGCCACACCUUCUCCCACCUUUUCUAGAGCAGAGAACUUGGCGUGGAUAAAAUAUACUACAGCCCAGCUUUCUUGUGGAGUGACGCCACCUCCGGUUCCACUUCCUAUGCAGGUCACAGAAAAUAAAUCUGACAUUGUGGAAUACCCCGCAUCAUUCUAUCGGCAGAUCAAAAUUGAGGAACAAACUGAGGAAACUUCUGAAAUGCUAGCGAAGACAAUUGUCACUGCCAAAAAACGUCCCAAAAAAUUCUAUGAAGAGGCUCAAAAGGCUGCUGUGAAGGUCACAGGUGGAAGGUCAUUCCCUCAAAUGGAUAAGGAAGUCAUGGACGCUUCAGAAAUGUCAGACUCAUCAAUGGUGACUACAUCAGUGAGAGACAAGAGGGAGUUUUUUGAAGAAGCACAAAAAGCGGCAGAAAAUAAGACUUAUGUGCGAAAGGAUCCCAUUGACAUACCAGAGCGCUUGGGCCCAGACAUGGAGGAGCCCAAAACAACAAACCGAGACAGUAGGGAUGAAACACAAAGCACAUCUGAGAAGAUCGCAGAGAACAGCACUGAAGUAGUGGGAUCUACAGCGUCAACCGAAAAAGAAUUGAUGGAAGCUUCAGAAAUGUCAGAGUCGUCAAUAGUGACUACAUCAGUGAGAGACAAGAGAGAGUUUUUUGAAGAGGCACAAAAAGCUGAAAUAAAUAAGACCUAUGUACGAAAAGACCCUAUUAAUGUCCUAGAGCACUUAGGUCCAACCAUUAUAGAGCCUGAAACAGAAAACCAAGAGAGGAAGGAAGACGUACAAAACACAACUGAGAAAAUCACAGAGAAAAUCUCUGAAGAAGUGGGAUUUAUGUGGGAUGACCAGUGGGUGUCAGCUGCCAUAGAGGCUAUGGAAACGUCUGAAUUGUCAGACUCAUCAGCAGUGACAUCAGUGAGAGACAAGAGAGAGUUUUUUGAAGAGACUCAUAAAGCUAAAGUAAAUAAGACUUAUGUGCGAAAGGAUCCCAUUGACAUACCAGAGCGCUUGGGCCCAGACAUGGAGGAGCCCAAAACAACAAACCGAGACAGUAGGGAUGAAACACAAAGCACAUCUGAGAAAAUCGCAGAGAACAGCACUGAAGUAGUGGAAUCUACAGCGUCAACCGAAAAAGAAGUGAUGGAAGCUUCAGAAAUGUCAGAGUCGUCAAUAGUGACUACAUCAGUGAGGGACAAGAGAGAGUUUUUUGAAGAGACUCAUAAAGCUAAAGUAAAUAAGACCUAUUUGCGAAGGGAUCCCAUUGACAUACCAGAGCGCUUGGGCCCAGACAUGGAGAUGCUCGAACCAGAAAACCAAGAGAAGGAGAACCUUCCAAAGGUGGACUUGUCUGGAUUAGUCAACAAAUUUGAAACACCAGAAGAGAAAGUUUAUGUCAGAAAGCCUAUCACAAUGAGAGAAAGACGUGGGAGUGAGACAGAAUACACAAAGUGUGACAUAGAAGAUCCAAAAACUCAAGAGGAGGAAAUGCUUACUUUGGACAUCAAGGCUAUUAAAAAUGUUUUUGAAAUGAGUGAGCAAAGUCCAUCUUUCAAAGACGAGAAAAAUCAACCGGAUGAGCUGGAUUCAACCCUGAGUGAAAACACAACAGAGAGUUCAAAGAAGGAGAACACCCAGGAGACACAGAGGGGCUCCGGGCAGAUUUUGCCCCUGCCUUCCCAGAAAGAAGUGCAACAAAUGUCAGCAGACCCAACAGACUCUGAAACCAAGUUAGUCACAGAGCAUUUCGUGAACUUAGAUGAAUUAGGCAACAAGACGAUUGGAUCACUGAGCAGCACAAUGGUUUCCCAGCACUCAAAGAGCGUAACAACCGACCAUCCCCCCUUCUCAUAUGCUGACGUGGUGAAAAAAAAAGUUUCUCAGGUGACGCCAUCUGAAACCCCAGAUGAGGCUUCCACUGAAGAGUUGCUGAGGAAUUUCCACGAAACAUGGACAGAGAGUGAGAGUUUUUUCAAGAGUCUCGGCUACAGUGUCUCAGAGGAGAGAACAUCACAUGUUGUGUCACAUCAAACGAAGACUAUUGUUACUGACUCGAGUUCUCAAGUCGGAGCUUUGCACGGUGUGUCGGAGGAGGGUCUAUCCGAUGGAGUCUCUAAUAGCGGACAGAAAAAAAUUCCAUAAAUCUUGUUUCUGCUGCGAGUACUGCAGAAAUAAAUUAAGCCUUGGCAACUAUGUCUCUCUCCAUGGACAUCUGUACUGUUUACCGCACUACAAACAACUAUUCAAGUCCAAAGGGAACUACGAUAAUCGAUUUGGUCAGACACCUCACAAUGAAAAGAAUGUCAAUGAAAAUGGCAGACUCAUCACAUCAUCAGAGCAACUUGAUUGGAGGUAUUCACAGAGCAGCAUAGGCUCAACAGAAAAGGACACCCUUGAAAAAGAAUUUAUGAAAUCAAUUGACGAGAAUAAACUCAAUUGUAAUAAGAUAUCUGUUGUGUGGCCUCCACAAGCCCACUCCCCACAGAAAGCCUUUAAAGUAGAGGAUGACAUAAAGCUGACUAAGCCACAAUGGCCUCCACAGGACAAUUCCCCAAAGUCACCCAAACAACAACACAGAAAAGCUACUUCCAGGAGCUCUCUUUGAAAGAGAGCAUUCCCACCGCCAUCAUGUAUGCCACAGGAAACGGAAGAAACUUCAAGCAGUCGAUGGUAAGGCAACCUAUGAGGGCAAAAAAACAGUUGGAACUGGGAAAAGUCUGAGACUGAAGGACAAAAGGACAAGUGCAGUUGAUACGAAGGGAAUGAAUGGUAGAAAUGGUGUAUAUAUUUAUGGUGUGUGAGAGUGGAAGCAGAUGGAUCGGAAAGUACUGAGGGUCAGAGUGAAAGAGGAGUAGAAUGACAGAUGGAAACAUGGAAUGUUAUGCUUAGAAAUGGCACAGCCUCCCUCAUUGGUCAUUCAAGAUUGAUCAUUGAAGACGUUAUUAGCUCCAGAUUUCACAUGGAAUUGACUCAGAUUACUCAUGUUUACUUGAUCUCGAAAAUAUGUUGAUGUGUUCAAUGUGUCUCAGAAAUAUUUGACUAAUAUCUUUAGGGUAAUGUAGUUUAAUUUGUUAAAUGUAUAUUUAUCAAUUAGUUUAAGUCCAUGGAGAGACCAUUGAAGGUUUCGAACACAGUCAUCAUUUUCUCUUGGCUAUUUCUUUCAACAUACAGUAUCAACAUUUUUACAUUGACCUUUUUCUAGCACCUGGUGUGCAGCCUAGUAAAAAUUAUCUUGGAAAUACUUUGUUUUUAAUAUAUAUAUACAGUAUAUAUCCUAUUAAUUGGUGUUAAUCUUGUUUGUUUUGGACAUUUGUAUCCUAUUUUAAAGAGCAAAUAUUUUGCCCUGCACAUUAGAUGAUUUAGAUUAGACUACCUUGCUUUGUACAAGAGAAUUCCUGAUUCUUUCAUCCUGUCAGGCUGGUUACUCAACAACAAUUCUUUCAAAUGUAUUGCUGAUCCAAGGGCAAUAAAAUCAUUGAAUUGGAUA